AUGAACCCAGUGACUGUUGGAACAAGCGUUUGGGGCAGACUGGUGCAGCCGCUCCAUCACCUGCAGCAGAAUCCAGUGUACCUGUGUGCUCCACUGUCUCAGCCUGUGUACCUGUGUGCUCCACUGUCUCAGCCUGUGUACCUGUGUGCUCCACUGUCUCAGCCUGUGUACCUGUGUGCUCCACUGUCUCAGCCUGUGUCCCUGUGUGCUCCACUGUCUCAGCCUGUGUCCCUGUGUGCUCCACUGUCUCAGCCUGUGUCCCUGUGUGCUCCACUGUCUCAGCCUGUGUCCCUGUGUGCUCAGCCUCAGCCUGUGUCCCUGUGUGCUCCACUGUCUCAGCCUGUGUCCCUGUGUGCUCCACUGUCUCAGCCUGUGUCCCUGUGUGCUCCACUGUCUCAGCCUGUGUCCCUGUGUGCUCCACUGUCUCAGCCUGUGUCCCUGUGUGCUCCACUGUCUCAGCCUGUGUCCCUGUGUGCUCCACUGUCUCAGCCUGUGUCCCUGUGUGCUCAGCCUCAGCCUGUGUCCCUGUGUGCUCCACUGUCUCAGCCUGUGUCCCUGUGUGCUCCACUGUCUCAGCCUGUGUCCCUGUGUGCUCCACUGUCUCAGCCUGUGUCCCUGUGUGCUCCACUGUCUCAGCCUGUGUCCCUGUGUGCUCCGCUGUCUCAGCCUGUGUCCCUGUGUGCUCCACUGUCUCAGCCUGUGUCCCUGUGUGCUCAGCCUCAGCCUGUGUACCUGUGUGCUCCACUGUCUCAGCCUGUGUCCCUGUGUGCUCAGCCUCAGCCUGUGUCCCUGUGUGCUCCACUGUCUCAGCCUGUGUCCCUGUGUGCUCAGCCUCAGCCUGUGUCCCUGUGUGCUCCACUGUCUCAGCCUGUGUACCUGUGUGCUCCACUGUCUCAGCCUGUGUCCCUGUGUGCUCCACUGUCUCAGCCUGUGUCCCUGUGUGCUCCACUGUCUCAGCCUGUGUACCUGUGUGCUCCGCUGUCUCAGCCUGUGUACCUGUGUGCUCCACUGUCUCAGCCUGUGUCCCUGUGUGCUCCACUGUCUCAGCCUGUGUACCUGUGUGCUCCGCUGUCUCAGCCUGUGUACCUGUGUGCUCCACUGUCUCAGCCUGUGUCCCUGUGUGCUCCACUGUCUCAGCCUGUGUACCUGUGUGCUCCACUGUCUCAGCCUGUGUCCCUGUGUGCUCAGCCUCAGCCUGUGUCCCUGUGUGCUCCACUGUCUCAGCCUGUGUACCUGUGUGCUCCACUGUCUCAGCCUGUGUCCCUGUGUGCUCCACUGUCUCAGCCUGUGUCCCUGUGUGCUCCACUGUCUCAGCCUGUGUACCUGUGUGCUCCACUGUCUCAGCCUGUGUACCUGUGUGCUCCACUGUCUCAGCCUGUGUACCUGUGUGCUCCACUGUCUCAGCCUGUGUACCUGUGUGCUCCACUGUCUCAGCCUGUGUACCUGUGUGCUCCACUGUCUCAGCCUGUGUCCCUGUGUGCUCCACUGUCUCAGCCUGUGUACCUGUGUGCUCCGCUGUCUCAGCCUGUGUACCUGUGUGCUCCACUGUCUCAGCCUGUGUCCCUGUGUGCUCAGCCUCAGCCUGUGUCCCUGUGUGCUCCACUGUCUCAGCCUGUGUACCUGUGUGCUCCACUGUCUCAGCCUGUGUACCUGUGUGCUCCACUGUCUCAGCCUGUGUACCUGUGUGCUCCACUGUCUCAGCCUGUGUACCUGUGUGCUCCGCUGUCUCAGCCUGUGUCCCUGUGUGCUCCACUGUCUCAGCCUCCUGUGUACCUGUGUGCUCCACUGUCUCAGCCUGUGUCCCUGUGUGCUCCGCUGUCUCAGCCUGUGUCCCUGUGUGCUCAGCCUCAGCCUGUGUACCUGUGUGCUCCACUGUCUCAGCCUGUGUCCCUGUGUGCUCCACUGUCUCAGCCUGUGUCCCUGUGUGCUCCGCUGUCUCAGCCUGUGUACCUGUGUGCUCCGCUGUCUCAGCCUGUGUCCCUGUGUGCUCCACUGUCUCAGCCUGUGUACCUGUGUGCUCAGCCUCAGCCUGUGUACCUGUGUGCUCCACUGUCUCAGCCUGUGUACCUGUGUGCUCAGCCUGUGUACCUGUGUUCUCUCAGUGUAAUUAAGACUGAUGCUGAUUGA